GAGAGCAGCAUGACUGGCACUAGAAGCCGCACGACAGGUAGCAGCAGCUCUACGUUGACAUCUGCGAGUGGCACCAGCGUUACGACAGAGAGCAGCACAAGUGAAAGCAGCAGCUCAACGGUGACGUCGGCGAGUGGGACCAGCACCACGACGGAGAGCAGCAUGUCUGGCACCAGUAGCUCUACGUUGACGACUGCGAGCAAAACCAUCACCACGACAGACAGCAGCAUUACAGGUACCAGUAGCAGCACGACAGAUAGCAGCUCUACGGUGACGUCAGCGAGCGGGACCAGCAGUACGACGGAGAGCAGCGCAUCUGAAAGCAGCAGCUCCACGAUGACGUCCGCCAGCGGGUCCAGCACAGCAACUCAGAGCAGCUCGACUGGCACCAGUAGAAGCGGGACACAGAGCAGCAGUUCUACGUUGACGUCAGAAAGUUUGACCAGCACCACGACAGAGAAGCAGCAUGAUUGGCACCAGCAGCACCACGACAGGUAGUAGCAGCUCUACGGUGACGUCUGCGGGUGGCACCAGCGUUACGACAGAGAGCAGACAGAGUGAAAGCAGCAGCUCUACGGUGACGUCAGCGAGUGGUAUCAGCUUUACGACAGAGAGUAGCUCGAGUAAAAGCAGAAGCUCAAUGUUGACGUCAGCGAGUUCGACCAGCACCACGACAGAAAGCAGAAGCUCAACGUCGCCGUCAGCGAGCUUGACCAGCACCACGGUCAAGAGCAGCAUGAUUGACACCAGCAGCAGCAGAACGACAGGUAGUAGCAGCUCUACGGUGACGUCUGCGGGUGGCACCAGCGUUACGACAGAGAGCAGACAAAGUGAAAGCAGCAGCUCUACGUUGACGUCAGCGAGCGGGACCAGCACCACGACAGAGAGCAGCAUGACCGGUGCCAGCAGCUCUACGUUAACGUCCGCGAGCGCGACUAGCACGACAGUGAGCAGCAUGACAGGUACCAGCAGCAGCACGACAGAUAGCAGCAGCUUUGAGUUGACGUCUGCGAGCGGUACUAGCCUUACGACAAAGAGCAGCUCAAGUGAAGGCAGCAGCUCUACGUUGCCGUCGGCGAGCUUGACCACCAGCACAACCACAAUGAGCAGCAUGACUUUCACCAGCAGCAGCACGACAGGUAGACACAGUUCUACGUUGACGUCAACGAGUGGUACCAGCGUUACGACAGACAGCCGCACAAGUGAACGCAGCGGCUCCACGGUGACGUCAGCGAGCUUGACCAGCACCACGACAGAGAGCAGCACGUCAGAUAGCACUAGCUCUACGUUGACGUCCGCGAGAGGAACGAGCACAAGCACAGAGAGCAGCAUGACUGGCACCAGCAGCAGAACGACAGGUAGCAGCCGCUCUGCGUUGACCUCAGCGAGUGGUACUGGUACCUCGACAGAGAUCAGCACAAGUGAAAGCAGCAGCUCUACGGUGACGUCCGCGAGCGGAACCAGCACCACGCUAGACACCAGCAGCAGCACGACAGGUAGCAGCAGCUUGACGUUGAUGUCUACGAGCGGUACCAGCGUUUCGGCAGAGAGCAUCAUCAGUGGAAGCAGCAUCUCUACGGCGACGUCAGCGAGAGGGACCAGCACCACGACACCAAGCAUAAUGGCUGGCAGCAGGAGCUCUACAUUAUCGUCAGCGAGCGGGACCAGCACCACGAUAGAGAGCAGCAUGACAGGUACCAGCACGACAGGUAGCAGCAGCUUGACGUUGACGUCUGCGGGUGGUACCAGCGUUACGACAGAGGGCAGCAUACGCGAAAGCAGAAGCUCGACGUUGUCGUCAGCGAGCGGGACCAGCACCACGACAGAGAGCAGCAUGACUGGCACCACCAGCAGCACGAUGGGUAGCAGCGGCUUUACGUUGGCGUCUGCGAGCGGGACCAGCACCACGACAGAGAGCAGCAUACGUGAAAGUAUCAGCUCUGCGUUGGUGUCAGCGAGCUCGACGAGCACCACAACAGAGAGCACCAUGACUGGCACCAGCAACAGGUCUAAGGUGACGUCUGCGAGUGGCACCAGCGUUACGACAGAGAGCAGCUCGAGUAAAAGCAGCAGCACUACUGUGAUGUCAGCGAGCAGGACCAGACCCACGACAGAGAGCAGCAUGACUGGUACCAGCAGCUCUACGGUGACGCCGGCGAGCGGGACCAGCACCACGACAGAGAGCAGCAUGAUUGGCACCAGCAGCACCACAACAAGAAGCAGCAGCUCUACGUUGACGUCUGCCAGUGGUACCAGCGUUACGACAGAGAGCAGAACAAGCGAAAGCAGCAGCUCUACGGUCACGUCAGCGAGCGGGACCAGCACGACGACACAGAGUAGCAUGAACGGCACCAGCAGCAGCACAGCAGAUAGCAGCAGCUCUGCGUUGACGUCUGCCAGUGGUACCAGCGUUGCGACAGAGAGCAGAACAAGUGAAAGCAGCAGCUCUACGGUGACGUCAGCGAGCGGGACAAGCUCCACGACAGAGAGCAGCAUGAUUGGCACCAGCAGCAGCACAGCAGAUAGCAGAAGCUCUACGUUGACGUCCGUGAGUGGGACCAAAGCCACGACAGAGAGCAGCACAAAUGCAAGCAGCAGCUCUACGUUGACUUCAUCGAGCAAGACCAGCACCACGACUGAGGGCAGCAGGACUGGCACCAGUAGCACUACGACAGAGAGCACCAGCUCUCGGUGGACGUCCGUGAGUUGGACCAGCAGCCGAAAGAAGAGCAGCGCAACUGAAAGCAGCAGUUUGACUUCGACGUCCGCGAGUGGGACCAAGAGCAGCACGACAGGUACAAGCAGCAGCACGAAGGAUAGCAGCAGUUCUACGUCGACGUCCGCGAGUGGGACCAGCACCACUACACACAGCAGCGCAAUUGAAAGCAGCAGUUCUGCGUUGACGUCCUCGAGAAGAUCAAGCACAACAACUCAGUGCAUCUCGACUGGCUCCAGUAGCAGCACGACAGAACCCAGCAGAUCUACUUCGACGUCUGCGAUGUGGACCACCACGACGGAAAGAAGCAGCUCCAUGUGGAUCUCCUCGAGUGGAACCAGCAGCUUGUCAACCAGCAGCGCGACAGAGAGCAGCACAACAAGCGUCAGUAUGAUCACGACGGGGACUAGGACCAGCAGCUCAACGGAGAGUAGCACGGACAGUAUCAGCACAGCAGAUACCACAAGCAACACAUUGGAGCGCAACAUCUCUACAGGGACAUCCCUGGUUUGGACCAGCAGCACGGACAGUACCAGUAGCAGCACAUUGGGGAGCAGUAGCUCUGCGCUGACCUCUCCGAGCGGGAGCGGCAGCACGACCGAGAGCAACAGCUCCACCUGGAUCUCCAUCAGCGAGACAAUCAGUCCGUCGGAAAGCAGCACGACGGGUACCUCCACGACAGAGGCCAUUGGUAGAACGACAGGGAGCAUCACGAUAGGUUCCAGCACGAUUGCAACCGCUUCCUCGGGCACUGCCAUCUCCAGAACAGGGUCGGCUUUCACGGUCAGCAGCACCACUCUCAGCAGUAUAACGAUCAUCUCGGAUCUUGCUACAACGCGAGCUUCGACGGCCACUGCCACUGCGAUCACUGCGACCUCCACGACCGCAGCUACAUCAACAGCGUCGGCGUUGACAAGUACGACGUUGACAAGCACUACCACAGCGCUCUUUGUGGUCACCGGGUCCCUCGAGUUCAACUGCGCAGGGACGCAAGAAAGCAUCGAGAGCCUCCUCAUUUCUUACUUAUCAUCCAUCGCGACUGCUGGCGCACUACCGACGGAGGUGAGCGUCACCGUCGCGCCGGCCGCGGGCGCCUCCGGCAGAGGGCUCCAGGAGGCGGCGUCGGCCAACGUCUCCGUGGCGUGGGGCGCGGCCUACGAGAUCGUGGCCGACCAGGAGGCUGCCGAGACGAUCUUCCAGACCGCGAAGCAGAUGAGCGUCGACACCCCGGCCGCGGCCGCCGCCCUGGCCACCGUCUUCGAGGGCGCGGGCCUGGAGCUGGAGGAGGCGUCCGUGGUCAUCGGAGAACCGGAGAUGAAGAUCGUAACGGCCACCAGGACUUCCGUCAGCACCACAGCGACGCACACGGCGACCUUGGCGUCCGCCACCUCCACCGCGACGUCGGCGAGCCCCGCCCGCACCUCCUCGCCAGCGGGCCUCACGGAGGCGCUGCUGCCCCCGGACGCGGCGGCCGCGGAUCAGUCCACGGAGGCCUCCACGCGGACGGUGUUGCUCGCCGUCGGCGGUGCCUUCGGCGCGGCCGCGGUGGCGCUCGGGGCAUGCAUGACCGCGCGUCGCUGCAGGAGCUGGAGGAGUUCUUGCCCGCAGUUCGACGAUAUCGAUUUCGAUGUCGACAGCGGCUGCAGCGUUAAGAAGGACCCGACGAUUGCUGUGGACGUCGACGGAGCCCCAUGCACGGGGGACGAAGCCCAGGGAUCGACGAGGUCUCCCAGCCUGCAGUCGUCGCAGAAGCGCAUUACUUCGCACGGCGACAGCGGCUCUGGCUCAUCGCCGUUUUCGCUCGAAUCCAUCUUGGAGAAGGGCCCAGAGUACGGUCGCGAGUCAGCGCCAGCCGACUUGACCUGCGCGCAGUCGCGCGGCCUGUGCCGUUCUUCCAGCCCAGAUCGCAGCCCCACGUUCCGCCUGCAGGUCGCGGAGUUCCUGGUGCCUGGCGAGGGUGCCGCAGCGCCGGACGUGCCCGUCGUGCACGGAGGCGGGCGCGGCCCGCGCCCUCCGGAGCGCAGGCCCGAGCUGAGCGUGGAGGUCGGCGCGCCGGGCGCGCGCGGCGCGAGCGGUGGCGGGCGCCGGCCGCACAGCCCGCGCAGCCCGCUGAGCCCGGCCAGCCCCACCUUCCGCCUGGAGGUCGGGGCGCCGCCGGAGUCGGGCGAGGUGGCCGAGGAGCGGGGGUGCCCGGAGUCCCCGGCGCGCGGCGCGUUCCCGCGGGUGCCGCGGCGGGCGGGCGUGUUCGGGGCACGCGUGCGGCCGAACGCCCAGGCGCAGCACCUCGGGGUCGCGGAGCUCGAGUUCAUCUCCGACCUCGAUACCAUAGCCGCGGAAGAGAUGAGCAUGCUCGAGGUGCAGCCAGCUCCAGCUCCCUGGGGGCGUGUCACGUCAUUCGGGCCCAUCGCGUUGCAGCCAGGCCUCAUCGAGUGCAGGCCCCAUCGCGUGCAGGCCCCAUCCCUGGGGGCGACGCCUGCAGGCCACAUCGCAUUGCACUAAAGGUGCGUAGCUUGUUUUGGUUGGCGUCGUUUGGACGCGGACGCAAGUUCUUCCUUCGCCCGCCAGUCGUCGCGGUGCAAGUCGUGUGCCGUUCAGAGGGAGGGGUGGAAGAGGAUCUGUUCUAGACCACCUACGCCCAGAGGGCUGGUGGGAUUGUAAUGAAUCGGGGCCACGCGCCCGUUUGUUUCACCUCUGUUAGCAUUGCCAACAUCUUUGCCUCAAGGGCUGUGGCGCCUCCUAUCUGGCAUUGUCGCUUGCGCUUCCGUGGAGUUGCCAGGACGCCCAGUUGCGACUGUGACUUGUGACGUGGGAUCCUUCCCCGGAACAAUCUGCAGAAGGAAAUCCCACAUGUUUGUUUCACGGCAUAUGCACGUUGUAAGCACAGUUAGGUUGUGCAUUUAUCACCAUUAAUCACGUGUAAUUAUCAUUUUGUUCGGUGCGCAAAUAGCUCUGCUAGAUCUUAGCGACGCUUGUGUGACCCCUGAGCGAGCAGCUGUCUGCGCGAGAAGCGACGGACUGGGCCGCUACCGGGCGAGUUCGUCGGCGCCCCCCCUUCUUCCACCCAAGGGCUGUACAGACCGAAAACGGUGCGGGCUCCCAUGCGAGCGCGGCAUGUCGCGCAGCCACCAGGUCUGAUUGACGCACGGUUGUAGUUUAGCGCGGUAGCGUGACGUGGCUGUGAUGACCGCGGCACGGGUAGCCUCAAAUGGUUCGGAUGCCAGGUCCAGGCCAGGCCGGCGGUGACGCAGCAGAUGUGACGACGUGAUGCAAUCAUGGCAGGAGCGCUUAACCCUGUCCUCGGAUCUUUGCAUCGCUCGAACUUGUGC